UGAUACGCGUGUACGACCUAUAUUGCUACUGUGGUUCCAAGCUCGCGUUUCUGAAGACCGUGAAUCACCUGCGUCAGUAUUAAGCAUGGAACACCUGCCGAGGCUGUUAAUUAGUUACGAAGGUGAAGGUAAAAAAACAGGGAAAUUAGGGGGAGGAAGAGGAGGAGGAGGAGGAGCCUCGCAUCCUCCCUAAAACACACACACACACACCAGACUUUACAUCCCAAUUCCUCGCCGUCGUGUGUGUGUUCCUGUAACGGAGGAAGACCCGAGAGGAUUAUUUUCCAUGCCCGGUCUGUGUUCCGGAGGCCAUUCUGUUUUUAAUCCCAGAGCGGUUUUCUGCCACACAACCGCAAGUCUUCUUAAUUUCAUAAACUUUCAUUCAAUAAUCAUGAACGUUUUCGUUGUCGGGACGAUCCUCAUCUUGUUGGGCUUGGGGCCCAUCGCUGAAAGUACCGGCGGGGUAGGGGGGCUCCCGGGGCUCCCAGACAACAACCCGCGAUGUGCCGCCCUGGUGGAGGCGGCCAAGGCCGAGUACCGAAAACUGUACGCGGCGGGACUGAAAGAUGCACCAAAUUUGAUGGAUCUGAUCCUGACAAGUUUGGGGAUUGCUUCAAAUAACACCUUUAAGACCAUAGAAAGAAAAGUCUUUAAUAAUACCGAUGAAAUGGGGCAUGAAACCGGAAAAAAGACAGUCGUUGAGAAGACGACAGAGACUGACGUAGCACCCAACGGAACUGUAUCAAAGACUUCCGAAACCACGGUCGAUAUAGAUGAGGACGGCAAACAAAGUGGUGAAAAAUCUGUUACCGAAAAAGAAACCAUGACAGGACAUACUCCAAACAAUGGGACCAUAGCACAGACGGUGGACGUUAGAAAGGUAAUGGACGAAGCGGGUAAUGAAAUAAAGGAGGAAGUUGUUAUUAAGAAGGAAUUAAUAGUACAACCUCCUACCAAUACGACUGACGCAAAUCUUAUCGUUCCAAAAGUAGGGGCGGACGACAAAGGUAAUAACAAAACCGAAUUAAAACUUGGUGGCUCAGGAAAGAGCGAUGGACUUCUGAAUGUAGAACGAACUGAGGAAAUAAAGGAGAUUAUGCCCGGCAAUAUGACGAAUGAAGUUUUAGUAAAACAGAAGGAAGAACAACUUUCUCCACAGGAAAGCACUAUUGUGACAUCUGUGGAAAGGAAGAAUGUUACAGAAAAGGAUGAUGGACUUCUGAAUGUAGAACGAACUGAGGAAAUAAAGGAGAUUUUGCCCGGCAAUAUAACGAAUGAAGUUUUAGUAAAACAGAAGGAAGAACAACUUUCUCCACAGGAAAGCACUAUUGUAACAUCUGUGGAAAGGAAGAAUGUUACAGAAAAGGGUGAUGGAAAAGAUGUCGAGAAAGAAACUGUAAUUCAAAAAGAAGUCGAAAAGAAUGUGUGUGAUAGCGACAUCAAAGAGGUUCGUAACGAAAAACAUCUUAAUGAAACAAUUGAAGACUUGAAACACCAAGUUGAUGACGUGAAAAACAAGAUUAAGGAAGAAAAAGCAAAGGCUGAAGAAACAAAUGCUACGCGUAGCCUAUUCGAACCAAGUGCUGCCCCUAUCAUUCAAGAAGGUAAAGUCGUUGAAAAGAUAGUCCCUGCUGUGACGCCGGCGAAGGUUGUUGAAAAGAUUCCCCCUACGGUGACGGAAGGAAAAGUCCCCGUUGUUAAAGAAGAGAAGGUUGUUGAGCAGGCUGCCCCUUCGGCGACAGAAGAGAUCGUAAGUGUCUCUAAGGAGCAAGAAGAAGUCCCUGUUGUGGCAGAAGAGAAGAAGGUUAUUGAAAAGAUUCACCCUGCGAUGACGGAAGGAAAAGUCCCGGUAGUCCCUCAACAGGAGGUUGUUGAAAAAGUUGCCCCGUCGCCGACAGAGGAAAAAGUUCAUGUUGUGACACAAGAAAGGGCUAUUGAGCAGAAUGCCCCACAAGAAAGGGUUAUUGAACAGGCUGUCCCACAAGAAAGGGCUAUUGAACAGGUUGCCCCACAAGAAAGGGUUAUUGAACAGGCUGUCCCACAAGAAAGAGUUAUUGAACAGGUUACCCCACAAGAAAGAGUUACUGAAGAGGUUGCCCCACAAGAAAGGGCUAUUGAACAGGCUGUCCCACAAGAAAGGGUUAUUGAGCAGAAUGCCCCACAAGAAAGGGCUAUUGAACAGGACCAGUGCCACGUCUCUCCUUCCCUCCUCGACAUCCCUAAAGGUGAGUGCCAUCAACAGGAGUGA